AUUCCUCCUGUAUGGAAAAGCUACUUUCAAAAGAUUGGAAGGAAAAAAUGGAAAGACUAAAUACCAGUGAACUUCUUGGAGAAAUUAAAGGUACACCCGAGAGCCUGGCAGAAAAAGAACGGCAGCUCUCCACCAUGAUAACCCAGUUGAUCAGUUUACGGGAGCAGCUUCUGGCAGCGCAUGAUGAACAGAAAAAACUGGCAGCCUCACAAAUUGAGAAACAACGGCAGCAAAUGGACCUUGCUCGCCAACAGCAAGAACAGAUUGCAAGACAACAGCAGCAACUUCUGCAACAGCAGCACAAAAUUAAUCUCCUGCAGCAACAGAUCCAGGUUCAGGGUCACAUGCCUCCGCUCAUGAUCCCAAUUUUUCCACAUGACCAGCGGACCCUGGCAGCAGCUGCUGCUGCCCAACAGGGAUUCCUCUUUCCCCCUGGAAUAACAUACAAACCAGGUGAUAACUACCCUGUACAGUUCAUUCCAUCAACAAUGGCAGCUGCUGCUGCUUCUGGACUCAGCCCUUUACAGCUCCAGAAGGGUCAUGUCUCCCACCCACAAAUUAACCCAAGGCUAAAGGGCCAAAUUGACCGUUUUGGCAGGAAUUUGGACACCUUUGAACAUGGUGGUGGCCACUCUUACAACCACAAACAGAUUGAGCAGCUCUAUGCCGCUCAGCUGGCCAGCAUGCAGGUGUCACCUGGAGCAAAGAUGCCAUCCACUCCACAGCCACCGAACACAGCAGGGGCAGUCUCACCUACUGGGAUAAAAAAUGAAAAGAGAGGGACCAGCCCUGUAACUCAAGUUAAGGUGGGGAGCCAACUUAUAGUACCAGAGAAGGAGGAUCUUGGAACCUUAGAUUUAGGAAAGGGGACAAAAAAGAAUCAAAUGUUGGACUUUAUGUGGUUUGUUGAUGAAGGUUUCUCCUUCAAAUCUAGCUACAAAUAUAUCCUAUCCAGUCUCAACUCCCCUGCCCUGUUUGGGGAUCAGGAUACAGUGAUGAAAGCAAUUCAGGAGGCUCGGAAGAUGCGAGAACAGAUCCAGCGAGAGCAACAGCAACAACAACCACAUGGUGUUGAUGGGAAACUGUCCUCCAUGAAUAAUAUGGGACUGAACAACUGCAGGAAUGAAAAGGAAAGAACACGCUUUGAGAAUUUGGGGCCUCAGUUAACAGGAAAGUCAAGUGAAGAUGGAAAGCUGGGUCCGGGUGUCAUCGACCUUACUCGGCCAGAAGAUGCAGAGGGAAGUAAAGCAAUGAAUGGCUCUGCAGCUAAACUACAGCAGUAUUAUUGUUGGCCAACAGGAGGUGCCACUGUGGCUGAAGCACGAGUCUACAGGGACGCCCGCGGCCGUGCCAGCAGCGAGCCACACAUCAAGCGACCAAUGAAUGCAUUCAUGGUUUGGGCGAAGGAUGAGAGGAGGAAAAUCCUUCAGGCCUUCCCCGAUAUGCAUAACUCCAACAUCAGCAAAAUUUUAGGAUCUCGCUGGAAAUCCAUGUCCAACCAAGAGAAGCAACCUUAUUAUGAAGAGCAGGCCCGGCUAAGCAAGAUCCACUUAGAGAAGUACCCAAACUAUAAAUACAAACCCCGACCAAAACGCACCUGCAUUGUUGAUGGCAAAAAGCUCCGGAUCGGGGAGUAUAAGCAACUGAUGAGGUCUCGGAGACAGGAAAUGAGGCAGUUCUUUACUGUGGGGCAACAGCCCCAGAUUCCAAUCACCACAGGAACAGGUGUUGUGUAUCCUGGUGCUAUUACUAUGGCAACGACCACACCAUCGCCUCAGAUGACAUCUGACUGCUCUAGCACCUCGGCCAGCCCAGAGCCCAGCCUCCCAGUCAUUCAGAGCACUUACGGCAUGAAGACGGAAGGUGGAAGCCUAGCUGGAAACGAAGUGAUUAAUGGAGAGGAUGAGAUGGAAAUGUAUGACGACUAUGAAGAUGACCCCAAAUCAGACUAUAGCAGUGAAAAUGAAGCCCCGGAGGCUGUCAGUGCCAACUGAGGAGUUUUUGUUUGCUAAAUGAAAAUACUCUGACAUUUCACCCCCCUCCCUAACAAAAAGUUCUUAAAGAGCCCGCAUGCAUUUGUGGCUCCACAAUUACAUCAGCAGAAUGGUCUUAAUUGUUUCGUAAAGUGUGAGACAGAUUAAGUUUUCCCUGAUUUUUCAUGAACUUGAGUUUUUUGUCGUUAUUGUUAUUGUUGUUGUUGUUGUUUUUAUAAUUUAGGUGAAGACUUAUUAAAUAUGAGACACCAGGACUUGAAAACUUAUCUCAACCCAUAGCUGUCUUACAAGUCUUAUAUUUUUGUCUUAUUUUUUUUUUUUUGGAUGUUUGAUAAAGGUUUAAGUUACUGUUUUAGAUGGGGUUAAACAUUCUCACUCAGGUAUGCUGUGCCGGCCUACAGGUUGUGAAUGUGUUUUUAUUCUGAAUUAUUUUAGAAAACAACUGAGGAUUUCAUAUUGUGAAACAGAACAAGUCCACAGCGUGUGCAGCUGCAUGUAGAGCAUAUUCAAAAGGCCUCGGAAUUCCAUUUUUCCAUGUGUAGAGUUAAAUUUUGAAUGUGCCAAACUUUUCGUAACUUUUGAUUCUUAAUAUUUUGAAAGUCUUAAAGGAGACACUGCAAAGGCUUAGACAAUCUUUGGCAUCUUAAAAUAAAAUAGCAAACCACACAUUUUUUUCCAGAAAAUGAUAAAGUACUCAGGAAUCUGGAGACAAGAUAUUGUAAGGAAUUAAAAAGGUUGCCACAGUGCAUGUACCCAUUUGUGUUUGCCUCUUGACGUGCCAUCAGUGUGUGAUGUGGUAUGACGUCCACACACCAGAGCAAUCCCCACACCAGAUACCGACACGGUGGUCUUCUCUGCCUGAGACCACCUCUCACUACAUCCAUUUAUCCCUUUGCCUUUAACCCUGACAUUCAGUCUUAACACAUUUUCUCUUAAAUAAUUUAUUCAUUCCAGAAUGUCAAGGGUCCACUUACUAUUUAUUUUUUAAAAUGUUGUUGGUGGCAUUAAUUUAAUAAUUCUUGUUUUUCAACCUCCUUCCCCGAAGAACUUUCAGCCCUUUCACCUCCUUCUCCUGCUAGAUACAAAAGAUGUACAUAGUGAUUUUAUGUCCCCAGAGCAUCUGGAAGCAUUUCUGAAACAAGAUACUAUUAAAUACCUAUAUUAUUGUUUUUAAACAUAAGUGUAUAUCUGUCUACAGGGCUGUGUAUUUGGGUAUAGGUGUAUAGUCUUACACU